AUGGCAACAACAACAGACACCCAACUCCUCGAGGAAAACCUCACUAUAACCACGCUCGACACCUCCAAAUAUGACCGCGUCUCGCGCCUGGGCGCCACCUCGCAAGACUCCCUCACCAUCAUGACCCUCGACAUUAACCACGACCUAUUCCCCGUCUCCAUCGGCGAAUCCUUACACAUGGUGCUUGCGAGUAGUCUGUCUCUAGAUGGCACCAAGGAUGAUGGGCGCGGGUGGAGGGAUCUUGGCGGGGAGGCAAGUCUGGCUGAUAUGUUUGAUUAUGUUUGUCAUGGCAAGAUUUACAAGUUUGAGGAUGGGGAUGGUGGCGAUACGAUAAAGGCGUAUAUUUCGUUUGGGGGCCUGUUGAUGGCUCUGGAGGGACCGUAUAAGAAGCUGACGCCGCUGAGGGUUGACUACGUUUAUCUGCUUUUGAAGAAGUGA